GAGGCACAACAAGUAUUAUUUGAUACAUUUGUAAUGUUUCUAUAAGCAGCGUUGCUGUUUCGUAUAGAUAAUUAGUUGAUAAUUGCUGUAACGCGCGCGACAAAACGUAAAAGUGAGCGGAUGCUGUCUGCGUGGGCGAUCCUCUCCUCCCUCUUUCUCUCCUCUACUCGUCCCGCAGCCCGCUCUCUCAUUCAAUCUAUUGUCGGUAGCGCCGGUGGUCUCCCCCCUCCCCCCUCCCCCCUCGCCCAUCGUCCUGGCAGAUUUUGCCGCGUGUGGUAUGGUGCGUUGGUGCGUAGCGCUGUGGUGCGUCUGUUGAUGCUUACACAGUGCCGAACAGUCGAAUGGUCGAGCGUCAUUCAGUAUUAGUCGGCUUCUCCUGGGGACCCGGACCGUUCUCCGGUUCCUCCUCUCGCCUCUUUUUCUCCCUCUUGGUUUUUCCUCCGCGACGCUAGAUAUCGUUUCUCGCGUCUGCACAUUAUUUUUGUCCGAUUAAUCUAAUUACCGUGUGCGCGGUCUCCGUCUCUAGUCCGAUCUAGUCGUGCGGCAAGCGGUUUUAUGAAAUCUCAUCGUCAUCGCGAUUGUCACUCUUUUUGCACGACAAUUCUGGACCCCACGUGGCGUGGAGAAUAUCUCAUUGUUCGAAAAAUCAAUCCGAGGAUCCGUGAAACCAUACGAGAAAGUGAACAGGGAAGAAGAAGAAGAAGACGUUCCUACCGCUACUUUUUCCACUCGAUGAUGGUGAAUCACGGCGUAGAGUAUUGGGCGUAGACGAUCUACCACCGGAAACGGGAAAGAGUAAAUUUGGUGGUGAAGCGGGCAACAAGGGAAGAAGGCGAGUGAGUUGAGACUUUGAGAGGCAGGAACGGGGCCUCUCGUUUGUCGCACCGCGCGGAGGCGCAAUGCCGUCACGGCUUAUUUUGUAGCUAACGGAAAAACGUAGGAUGACUGGAUCUAAACCACGUCGUCGUACGUGAUCGCUCUUGGUGCGACACUUGUCGCGUUCGUAUUUGAAAAGAGAAGAGGUCAAGCUAACACACACACAGAAGACCUCGGGGUCAAGGCAUCGGGGAAUAAACCAGCAAGACUGGUCCGUGCAAAAUUGUUCGCUGCCCGACGGCAUUAUAUACACCGUGAAAUUAUAUCUCUGGGGGAGGCGGAAGCAUAAUCCUGGACGAUCCAUGGUUGCCGAUCUGCGACGAUGCACCUUCGGUAUCGAUCUCGUUUGCAAGUCAUCGGAAUUGAAAUAGGCUUGGUGUAUUCGAUCAGUGGGUCGACACACAGCUCAAACGAAGAGUAGCAACGUAUCGAAAAAAAAAGAAGAAAACACUAAAAGAUGAACUCCUGCUUUCCACAUUUGGCGAUAUUGAAUCCGCGAAAUGCGAACAAAUCGAGGGACCGGCUCAACGACGAGUGUAACGUCGUAAAUGCCGAGGACAUCCGGAUGCGAUCGAGGACUCCGACGUUAUCGGGAAAGAAUGACAUUUUCCAAGACUUGGAUUUGUAUUACGUUCGACAGAUCGCACGAAAUUCGAAGGAGCAUGACCUGGAGCAGAAGAUCGAGGUGGAAAUCAAGAUGAGAGAAGGCUCGGCGAGACUUUUGGCGGCUGCGAAGCAUCGCGCCCAGAGCUUGGAGGCCGCCAAAGCGUUGCUUACGUCCAACGAGAGGAUGUCGGUUUACAUGACAGAAUUGCAAAGCCGCCGCCGAGAAUCUUCUAAACAAUCCUGUAUUUCUAGAAGUACGGGAAAGUUGUCAAUAUCGGAUCUUAGGAUACCAUUAAUGUGGAGAGACUCCGAUCACUUUAAGAAUCGCGGUGAUCAUCGCCGGUUCGCCGUAUUUUGCUUAGCACGAUUGGGCACAGAAAUCCAUGACACCUCCUUAUUAUGCCCCAUUGAUAGAGCUCAUACGGAUCUCAGCUUUCCCGAUGUCUUAUUAUUUAAUAAUGUGCCAGCCGAGUUUGAGUUAAUUUUAGAAGUCUAUAGCCACGUUUUGCAAGAGGACUUAAGUAUCGCCAGCACGCCGAGAAGAAUUAAAAAGACUAUUCACUCGUCGAUUUCGAAAACCGUCGGCAAGAAGCUCGCUGCUUCGCUUCGUGACGAAUUCGGUUCCGUCAAAUCUGGACCAUACUUUGAUUUAGUAGCUCGUGCUAAACUGACCUUAGACGACACGGAUGAUAAUACUCACACGCACGACCUUGUUAUUAAUAGUAUCGAGAACAAGUAUCACUCCCUGCCGCUUUUCGGUCACUUUUGCUGUCGAUUGGCGGUACAGCCAGAAUCCAUUAAUAAGGAAAUGUGCAUUGGCAAUGUGAAAAUCGAUGGUCAAGAUUAUUGGGCACGUCUACAAGGAUUUUGUAUAAAAAUAUGGGAAUCAAAGAAGCAUGCGGAAGAAGGUCAAAAUCCGGAACACAUAAUACCUAUUAAUAAAAGAACAAUCAUUCAACCGUCCAAAACUUCCGGCAAAGAAAUUCUGAUAAAUAAUUCUGGUAACAGUAUGGAGAAGCUGUUGUCAAUUAAAUUCGAAUCAAAGGAGGAAGCUCAAAAAUGGUCAAAGUUCUUAUUGGUACACAUCAACGAUCAUUCGAGGUGGAAACACGCCGCGGAAGUUAUUCAAAGGGUGUCUAGCAUUGAAAGUACGAGAAAUUCCUUUAUCAGUAAUAAAAGACAGGGUUCCUUAUACGACGAGACACCUUUAAUAGAAUCGAUCCCGGAUUAUUCAUCCACAAGACCUACUGUACAAACGAUCUUUGAUCUCACACCUAGUACUAGUCUAAGCAGUUGUAGUUCCACAAAUAGCCUAACAAGUCUACGUUCACGUUCACUGAGUAUCAGCGGCGUAUUUAAACAAGGUGCCAUCUCUUUAAAGCCACAUUUAGUUAAUAAAAAAACGUAACGAUUUUAUAAUUCUUUUCAAGAAGAUUCAUAAAGCCGAGUAAUUAUUACGCGAGAAUAAGUUAGAACUUUUCAAUUUUGACCCGAGAUGUAUACACUAAAAUAUUUUUAUUGAUAACUGAGGUGGAGGAAAGUUCAAUUAAACAUAAUUUCUCA